GGGGCCCCGUGCCCCGGAUGUGCUCAUCCUCCCGGAAGUCCCGCAUCCAGCCGCUCGCUCUCUUUCCGCCGCCAUCUUGGACCCUGCUCCCCGCACAAAAUGCCCGGCGAAGCGACAGAAACCGUCCCGGCCACCGAGCAGGAGCUGCCGCAGCCGCAGGCUGAGACAGGGUCCGGAACAGAGUCUGACAGCGAUGAAUCCGUACCAGAGCUCGAAGAGCAAGACUCCACACAGGCCACGACACAGCAGGCACAGCUUGCAGCAGCAGCUGAGAUAGAUGAAGAACCCGUCAGCAAAGCGAAACAGAGCCGGAGUGAAAAGAAAGCACGGAAGGCAAUGUCCAAGCUGGGCCUUCGCCAGGUGACAGGAGUAACCAGAGUCACCAUCCGCAAAUCCAAGAACAUCCUCUUUGUCAUCACAAAGCCAGACGUGUACAAGAGCCCUGCUUCAGACACCUACAUAGUCUUUGGCGAAGCAAAGAUCGAAGACCUGUCCCAACAGGCCCAGUUGGCAGCUGCUGAGAAGUUCAAAGUGCAGGGAGAAGCCGUUUCAAACAUCCAGGAAAACACACAGACCCCCACGGUGCAGGAGGAGAGUGAGGAGGAAGAGGUUGACGAAACCGGCGUCGAGGUGAAAGACAUUGAGCUGGUGAUGUCGCAGGCGAACGUGUCCCGAGCAAAGGCCGUGCGUGCCCUCAAGAACAACAGUAACGACAUUGUAAAUGCCAUCAUGGAGUUGACGAUGUAGCUGUGGGAUGGAGGAGCCUUUUUUGGUGUUUCAGAGAAGAGUUCAAAUGCGACUGCGUUUAAAAUUUGUACUAUUUCUAUCCGGGAAUAAAAGUUGUGGCUUAUUGUUGGUGAAAA